CUCUCAAACCAGCUGCACCCCAGUUCUUGGCACAGGCUGAUGGAGCUGGUAUAUGAAGGCUCGCCACCUAGUUUAGCCACAUGUUAAGCCAAAAUGUCCAGCUCUACAUUACCAGAUUCACAUUAAGGACAGUGCACUUUAUUUUAGACUAUAGUGAAUUUAAAAUGAACAGCUUCAAACCAUGGACAGAAGUGAACAGGGAGAUGGAUGAAGACAGCACUAAGUUGUUCCAGCGACCCUUCACAAACCGACUCCUUGCCUUUUUCUUUUGGACUUUGUCUCACUGACAACAUGCAGGAGAACCGCAUUUCUCGUUGGUAUUUUGGUGGAAUCUCCUCAAGUGUGGCCGCCUGUUUAACACACCCUCUGGAUUUGAUUAAGGUGCACUUACAGACGCAGCAGGAGGUGAGGCUGAGGAUGAUUGGGAUGACCGUGAACGUGGUGAGGAGAGAAGGUGUUCUGGCUCUUUACAGUGGCCUCAGCGCGUCGCUCUGUCGGCAGAUGACGUAUUCUUUGGCAAGGUUUGGUAUUUAUGAGACUGUCAGAGACCAGAUGAACAGAGACAAAAAAGGUCUCAUGCCUUUCUACCAGAAAGUCCUGCUGGGUGCCUUUGGGGGGUUUGUAGGUGGUUUUAUUGGGACACCAGCUGACCUGGUGAACGUCAGAAUGCAGAAUGAUAUCAAGUUGCCUGUACAGCUCAGGAGAAAUUAUGUGCAUGCACUUGAUGGACUCCUACGUGUUUUUAAGGAAGAGGGACUGAGGAGUUUGUUCUCUGGUGCUACUUUGGCCUCUACCAGAGGUGCACUGGUCUCUGUUGGACAGCUGUCUUGUUAUGACCAGUCAAAGCAGUUGGUUCUGGCUACUGGUUACCUGACUGACAACAUCCUAACUCACUUCCUGGCCAGUGUGUUUGCAGGGGGAUGUGCCACCAUCCUGUGCCAGCCCCUUGAUGUUGUUAAAACCAGACUGAUGAACUCCAAACAGGAAUAUGGGAGCGUGUUUUACUGUCUGACAGAGACAGCAAAGCUCGGUCCAAAGGCAUUUUACAAGGGACUAGUUCCUGCGGCGAUCCGUCUCAUCCCUCACACAGUCUUCACCUACUUAUUCCUGGAACAACUGAGGCAGCGUUUCGGUGUCAUGGUUGUCGCCUGACAGCGUUGUGAUGAAAUGAUUCCUCCAAGUUCUCAUGGGCAUUUUUAUUUUUAUUUUUACAGUGUCCGUGCUGCUUGGUGUUGGACUUUAUCUCUUUUCUGAUUUCCUCUCUCAAAGUCAAUUAGAUAGAACAAAAACCAGGAGGUCACCUGCUGGUCCCAUUUCCUGAGAUGAACUGUGAAACUAAAAACCACUUACCAACUUCUCUUGUGUUUUUUUUCUUUUUUUUUAAAUAAAUGUGCUUGUUUCUACCUUUUGGAAAAUGUAUCAGUAUGUUUGUGUGUGUGGUUUAAUGUUUUUUCAUUUAUAAUCAUAAUUACUAUAAAAAAAAGUACAUUAAAAAUAGAUUAGAUUCUUUUUUAAAGGAACAGUGAAUAGGAUUUAGUGCCAUCCAGAGUUGAGUUUGCAGAAUGCAGUUCCUCCCAUUCGUGUAUGUAGGAGAACCAACACAGUGGAAACUGAGGCCUAGGCCACACGUAGCUGGGUAUUUUUGAAAAGGGAGGUUUUUCUGUGCCUUUCAUUCACACGUGAACUGUGUUUUAGACCACUGAAAACGCACCUUUUGGAAAACUCCUUCUGUAGACGGAGAAAACUGAGCUUUGGGCUUGUAGCGUCACACUGUGCGCCGGUUUCUCCUCCGUUUGUAAUGAUUGUGGGGCGCUGUCACUUUCUUAAGUGCGAUGGCAGUAGUAACCAAAAUGAGUGCUGGUUUUAAUGUUGCUAACUGGACCUUUUGUAUGCUUACACAUACAUACACAGUUGCUCUCUGUUUACGAGUAGAGGCGCCUGAAUUGAAAACUUUGUAAUUGAAAUGGUCAUUGCACAGGAAUGGCGAGAAAAAUGUAGCAUGUCAAGGACAUUGUUUUUGACUCAUCAAGCCGUAACAAUGCGUUAUACAUUUUCAUGUGGACGAAGAUGUUUUCGAGUACUUAGCGUGUGUGUGGACCAGAUUCUUUUUUAAAAAGGUGGAAAACCUCUGUUUUAAAAAAUACCCUAUUGCGUGUGGACUUAGCCUAAGUGACAAUAUGUGAUUGGCAUUCUUCAUACCCUGUGUUUUGUUUGUCCAUUCUGGGCUUCUGUAGAAACCUGCAUCCAUACUUAAGGACAUGCUUCCUGUGUAGUAAUAAAGGUCACUCCAAGGUAACCCCACAAUGCAGCUAUUCUAAUAAGUUGUUGUUAUAAAAAACGAAGAAUUUACCGUACUUAUGUGUCCGUGUUGUGCAAAGAAAGUCAAACAAAAAAAUCUGUAAAGGGGGAACUGCCUUUAAAUCGAUAUUUACUUUUCAAUAUAUUGAUACUCGACUUGUUCUGUCGCCUUGGACACACUCAUAAAAAGAGUGUUUAUAUAUACUGUGUAUUGUAAUUUUAAUGAUAUGAUGCAGGAUUGGAUGUUUCUGUUGGAGUAUUUUGUGGGGAAAAAUUGCUA